CUCGCACAAAAGCUCUACCUCUCUCUCUCUCUCUCUCUCUCUCUCUAACUUAUCUAUCAUCAUCAUCAUCAUUAUCAUCGUCAACAAGCACCUGAAGAGUACGAAAAGAACAAUAGCUAGCUAGAAAACAUGUUAAAAUUACCGGAACUUCCAGACUGUUUCUAUCAGAACCAACCAACCUUAAUCUUUCCAAGCAGCCCAACACCAAAGCAUUCUCUGUACCUUUCCAAUCUUGAUGAUCAAAAGUUUUUAAGGUUCUCCAUUAAAUAUCUCUACCUUUUCAAAAAAUCUAUAAGCCUUGAUAUCUUGAAAUAUUCACUCUCCAAAGUUCUUGUGCAUUACUACCCUCUAGCUGGGAGGUUGAGAGCCAGCACAGAAGUUGAUCAAAAGCUUGAGGUUGAUUGCAAUGGAGAAGGUGCUGUCUUUGCUGAAGCUUUCAUGGAUAUAACUGCUGAAGAGUUUCUUGAUCUUUCCAUGAAACCAAACAAGUCCUGGAGGAAACUUCUAUACAGAGUGGAAGCUCAGAGUUUCUUGGAUAUUCCUCCUCUUGUAGUUCAGGUGACGACUCUCAGGUGUGGAGGGAUGAUCGUGUGCACGUCGAUCAAUCACUGUGUAUGUGAUGGCAUAGGCACAUCACAGUUUUUACAUGCAUGGGCCCAGAUCACCACAAAACGGAAUCUUGAUCUGCCAAUCUUACCGUUGCACAGCCGCCACUUGUUAAAACCCCGAAACCCCCCAGAAAUAACCUUCACUCACCCAGAAUAUGUCCGAAUUGCCCCUGGAGAAAAUGGCCACUUGGACAUGGAUAUUAACCAUUUUCUACGAUCUCAGCCACUAGUGCCAUCAUCCUUAACCUUCACUGCCUCCCAUAUCCUCCACCUCAAGAAGCAGUGCGUGCCAUCGCUGAAGUGUACCACCUUUGAAAUAUUGGCAUCUCACACAUGGCGUUCUUGGGUUAGGGCACUGGACUUGUCACCUUCACUCAACGUCAAGCUUCUCUUCUCCGUAAAUGUCAGGAAAAAGUUAAUCCCAGAAAUACCACAAGGGUAUUAUGGGAACGGAUUCGUGUUAGGAUGUGCACAGUCUUGUGCCCAGGAUUUGGUCACUAGCAACAUGUACCACGGCGUCAAAUUGGUUCAACAAGCUAAGUCAAGUUUAACUGAUGAUUAUGUGAGGUCGAUGAUUGAUUUGUUGGAGGACAAAUCAGUAAAAACGGACCUUUCGAUGAGUUUGGUUAUAUCACAAUGGUCUAAGUUAGGGUUAGAGGAUUUGGAUUUUGGAGAAGGCAAACCAUUACAUAUGGGUCCCCUGACAAGUGAUAUUUACUGCUUGUUUUUACCAGUUGCUGGUGAUUUUGAUGCUGUGAGGGUGCUACUAUCGGUGCCAGAGAGUGUGCACGAGAAAUUUGAGUAUUACAUGAAGGAAUGUUUGGGCAAUGCAGCAAACGGGGAUGCGAAAGGGUCUCAUGUGGAAGAAAAUGGAUUCUGUUGAAGAAUCUUGUGCUAUUUUUAUUUAUUUUUCUCUCCUUUUUCUCUUGUUUUCGACUCUUUAAUUAAUAAAAACCAUGUGUGAUGGGAUGAACUAAUUAAUAUAA